AUGGAUGUCGAUGGAACAUGCCUGGUGGUUUCUCCUUGCAAUAACUGCAGAAUCAACAAGAAUGGCGUUCAGGCGUGCAUCAUGCGGAAGCACAACGCAAGGCUGACGGCGGUGAAGAGAGAUGAACUGGCCGCGAGGCACCGCCAGUGCGUCAAACCCGACCAGACGAUGACGAUCUUCAAGCUGGUGGAUCGAAACACCGGCGAGGAGAGCGUGGAGUACUCCCCCGACAUGAUCUUCCAGAGGCCUUGCGCCAGCUGCAUACACCUCAAGACGUGCAUUCUCGGUGGGCACGAGCUAACGGACUGGACGCCGGAGGGAGGAAGAGGACGUGCCUCACAGAACAAACGCAAGUCUGCAUCCACGCUAGAAAAAGCCCUAGAGCUCUUGUCACCACCGGCUGGGGAGCAACAGCAACACCAGCACAAGCAGCAGCAGCCGUCGAGCAAAACGAGGAAGGUGACAGACGGUUACCCGAAACCGUCGAUAACGAUCCCGGGACCGGCGCUGAAGGCUGCUCGAAAGAGCGAAGGGGCUACUACAGCACCGGAAGAGUUGGGGAGGUCAACUAGAUGGAGCUCGAAGGGCAGGAAGGUUUCGGCGCCCGAGGCAUUUGAGGAGGCAGUACCAAGCCCGGCUGCUGCCGCACCCCCCGAGGACGAAUUUUGUGCUGCGGCCGACGCCGUCGAUACUGACGAAGACGUCGACGUCAACGAUCACGCCUGCGUGUCGAACGGCGCCGUAGCUGCGAGCGCUAGCGGUGGCAGCGGCAGCGGCAGCGGCGGCGCGCCGCAGCAGAGCAUCGCCUCGCAGCUGGACGCGUUGGCUGCGCAGGAGGACUUGCUGCUGCAGCAGUUCCGUGCGGACAUGCGGCAUCUCGAUGAGGCUAAGGCCUCCAGGGAGAAGGAAAUCCGGGUAGCGCAAGCCGCGUUGGAAAAGAUAAAGGCGACGCGUGAGACGACGAAGUCGAACACCGCGGAGCAGCGAAAGAGGAUGGUGGCGGAAAGGGAUCGGCUGACCCACCUCCGGUGUCAGGAGAUGAUGCGCGAGGAGGCGGAGCACCGACAAAAGAAAGACGAUAUGUGGAGCGCUGUCGAGCCCGCGAUGGCCACGGCAACGUUGCCGACGGAGGAAGCGUCAGGCUACAGCUUUGGUGGCGGGAGUACCGCGACAGAGGCGUCGGAGUGGGUGGCUCAGCCCGGAGAUGGUCCUCCUGGAGCAUCAUCACCUCCAGGGGUCGACGGAGAAGGAAGAAGCGCGGCACUGUUGUUGGCAUCGUCGUCCGCGGAUGCUGGACAAGGGGGUCCUGGCGGCGGAGAAGCCGUAGCGGGACGCGGUGACGCGAGCGCGUACGAGGAGGCUAGUGAUGGGAAUGCGGAGGAAGCACCCGGGAGUUCAGCCGGAGGCGUUGUUACCGAGGCGGGAGGAGACGGCUCUGCCUUGGUGAGUUGUUCUGUAGAGGAGACAGCGGCGGCAUCGUCUCCGGGCGAGGGUGAGACAGGGAGCUCCUUGCUAGGGAAGGGCUCGGCUGCGAGGAACGAGGGCGGAUAUUCGGCCAGUCUUGACGCGUCCGCGACCCAAGGAACAAGCGCAGUGGUCGAAAACGGGGCACCUCACGCUAACUCUGUGGGUGCUGGUGCUGCUGUUACAUCGGCGUUGACGAUCGAGGAGGGGUUGGGUUCGGGGUCAGAUGGCGCGUCCUUGCCGCCAGUAGGAGAAGACGAGGAUGAGACCAACAGCAGCAUGGAGGUGGACGAUAAUGAAGAGGAAGAGGAAGAGGAAGAGGAAGAGGAGGAAGAAGUCGAGGGGGAGGGGGGAUGUAGCAGCCACUUUCAGGACGGGGAUGCGCGAACAGGUGGCGGAGAAGCAAACGGAGGAGGGGUGGCUAACGGUAAGGCUGCAAGCACCGGCGGUAGCGGGAGGGCAACGAGACAUGGGACGCGGCACGGGGGGUUGGUGUCGGAGACCUGACCGUGCAAGGUGCGGUGGGCAUCACCGAUCCCGCGCGUCACCAAUGUUCAGAGCCGUGGCGCGUACGCGCUGUACGCGUUCUCUUUGGCGUAGCGUAACACUACCGGUGAGGUUUUGUAAAGCUAUCGGAUGUGAAUAUCAAGCCACGCGCCGCGGCGGCCUAAGGUGUAGGAGUGAACCCCGUUACCCGUGCUGAGCGGAGCGG